AUGCUCCGUGGGGGAGAUGCCAGCAGGCUCUUCUUGGGACGUGGCAAACAGAUAGUCACCGGAAAGACGACGGUCACGCCGCUCAUGACGCAAGAUGGCUUCAACGCCGUGCAACUUAACACCAUCUCAAUCCCGGAUGAGUUCGACAUCUUGCUUACUAGGAGGUCCAAGUUGGGGGCCGGCAACAUCAUCUUCGACUCUGGCACUGUCAUGACCAUGCUCAACACUCAAGUGGUGGACCAGUUGGUGAGGGCAUUGACGGAUUACAUUAGCUUGCCGACUGUGAAGACGGGCGAAUACAAAUUGUGCUUCAAUGUGUCCUCGACAGAGCAAGAAGAGCAGCUGCCAGGGUUGUGGUUCUCGUUUGCUGGGACAUUGGGGAACUUCAGGGUGAGCCCUGAUAACUUGUUUAGGUGGUAUAGUGAUCAAGUGAAAUGCAUGGUGAUACUAGGAACGAGUGGUACACAGAUCUUUGGGAAUAUUAUGCAGCCAGAUGUUUUGGUUGGGCAUGAUCUAGAUAAAAUGGAAUUGACCAUUAUAGAUAAAAGGUGCAUCGAUUUAUACAAUCCCCAAUAA